CGCUUUAUAAGGAAGCAAAAAUGAUUGUCGUACUAUGGAUGGUGCUUCCUCAGACACAAGGCGCGACGCAGCUCUAUCUACACUACUUGCAUCCACAACUCGUGCUGCAUGAGCGCGAUCUGGAUAAGCUCAUUUUCACACUCCACCAGCAAGCAAUGCAGAGCGGCGCAGCACAGUUGCAACGUCUGUACAGGCUCGUACAAGAGAUCCUCAUUGGGCCUGCUGCAAGGGCACCCGAAAACAGCGCUACACCGACUUCAUCCACAGGCCCUGCUGAACAAGAUGGUUUCAUUGCAAACUUGCUCGCGCGCUUCAGGACAGUGCCAGUGGGAAGUUCUGCAGAGACCAUUCCCGCGACGUUAUUGGCAUUCAUUUCUUCUUAUUCGCGCAGUGCAACUUCCAUGACUCCUUCCUCGGCGGCGGACAUAGUGCCGUCACAUUUGCAACCGGAAGAGCGCGCCAACUAUAUUGCGCUACAAAAGCAAAAAGUGAACAAUUGGCUACAGCUCUUGGAUCAGGCCAUGUCGCAGCCUGCACCAAGUUAUGUUGACGCUUCAAUUCCUACAGCCAUUCCGGAAGGGAAUGAAAGUCAUACAAGCCUGAGCAGCAAGAAAGGUAAGGCUCGGAGCGCGAGUGGACGCCAAACGCCCAUGACUGACUCUGAUUUUGAAGACAUUGGACAAGAUGACAUUUUGCCCAUGCGACGUGCCCCUGGCGCAAAGACGAGUGCUCGAGAUACGAGUUCCUUUGGAAAUGUCAAUACGCGCCAAGGUUGGUUCUGGCGCUCAGGGCGCUCCGCUUCGUCGACCUACUGAUGCUCAGUGGUUCAUGACUUUUCGUGUGUUUUCGCGCUUGCGCUGGCUUUGAGUAUUUGUCCAAUUCGCAAGCAAUGUCUUUGCUCUUCUAGUUCUAGUCACCUCAAUCUUCUCU